ACUGCUGACAGUCACAAAGUAAUGGGUAGGGAACCAUUGUUGGAGCGCUAUAAAAUGGGAUGUCAAGCCCCAGGCUACAUCCAUCAACAAACCUCUUUGGCACAGACGCAUCUUUUCAUCUGAAGACCUUGACAAUCAGUGCAGUUAAGUCUAACCUACAAAACCUGCAAGGAAAGACGGAGAAAAUGGGUGGCGGCCAUUCAGUUGAAGUGGACCAUGAAUCCCGACAAAGGGCUGACCUGGCAGAAGCAGAAAAGAGAAGAUUUGAGCAGGAAUGCCUCCGGCUCCAGGGGGAGAAAGCGCGAAUGGAAACAGAACAACGGAUGGAAAAAGAACAACGAGAGGGGUUGGAGAGGCAGAGAAAAAUACAUCUUCAAUCCCAAAGAAAGCAAGAGGAAGAUGAAAGGACCAGGAUACAUAAAGAACUGACAGCAUCAAAAUAAAGAGAUGAAACUGAGGGAAAAGUAGAUGAUUAAACUGUAGAAAAUACAUUGAUGAGUAGACUACUAGAGAAUAUUGUUAAUUGAUGAAAACAUUAUUCUGAACAUGGCAGCAGCUAAAAGUCACGUUAAAUUACUGUAACUAUAAAGGAGCAGUCUUUCCAUAUUAUAACAUCUUUUAAAGGCAAAGCUAUCUAUUCCUUUAACAGAGAAUAAUUAAAUGGCUGAACAGAUAAUAAUUCAAUUAUAAUAAUUCAAUUGCCGAUAGAACAAUUAUACGAGAACAAAUCAGAGUCAGAAAGAAACCUCAUUCAGGACGAAUUCGAAUGAGUCCAGAUGGAGAAAGUAAGAUGGAAGAACAACUGAAUCAGGACCAAUGCAAAGAGGAGAGGAAAUCUAUUGAAUCCCACAGAAAGCAGGACAAAAUGCAUAUGUGGCAAACAAAAGACACUAUUAACUCAAAUGAUUGGAUAUCUUGUCUGGCGGUAGCAGUAAGUCCUGUGAUUAUCCAAGCAAAUGUGUAAAUGUAGUCAGAUGUAGCUUCAAGUCAUCUAAUACAGUCUAGAUCUUUUGCCCACAUCCUGUGGGAAUUUAAUGGAGACAUUCUUUUUUACAGAUACAAUUUAAGGCAAACAUUGGUAAGAUUGGUCGUAAAAAGUUUUUUACAAUCACAUUUGAUUGACUUUGUUUUUUUUGGGGUUCAAACUGUAUUACCCAAUAAGAGGAACCUGGUCUCAUCACACAAGGUCAUAUAUUUUUGCUACAACUGAAUAAACUAUCAUUCAUAUUUCUGCAUCUGUUAUUAUCUCGAUUUUUUUGUAUAUUUUUUGUGUAAAGAUUUUUUAUUUACAUUAUUGAUCUAAUUAAAGUGCAAAUAAUUUUACAUGUAUUUUUUUACAUUUUUAUAUUGAUACCUUUAAAACAUGUUUUCCCCCCUCUGGCUUUGGCUAAAGUAUAGAUUAUUUGAUUUACUUUAAGGGGCCUUAUAAAGAUAAUGUAGGUCUGAUGGCCGUUCCAAAGAUUCUGUUAUCCAUAUAUGACUAUCAGUCACUCCUCCCUUACACAAUUAUAAUUACACCAGCAGAAAAACAGUGUGCAGUUCUUGAAAUGAAUUUAACACAAGGUUCCCAUGCCAUUGUGGACUCUGAGACCACAGAGCUCAUGCUCACUUGGGAUAAUGUUUAUGACUGAAGAACAGCAUUUAUACUAUAUUAUCUUUAUUUUUUCUGAUGUUUCCCCAUUAGAGGCGCAGCCUGCCGAAUCGAACGCUGUGCAUCAAGGCUCUAGGGCUCGCCUCCCAUCCCAGGAGAACAAUACAAGACUGAGGGGGAGGCAGAAAUAACACGGAGUCAUGUCUGACUCUGAGACCAUUGAGACAGCCGCUCUGGGCCGACCAUUCCAGCUGGGGAUGCUGUAUGACUGUCGCAGGGAUGUCCUCAUUCCAGGUAUCACACUCUGGGAUUCUGAAAUGCUACAGAAAGACAUAAAUGUCUCUACACAACCUAACACUGAUUUCAAAAUCUUUGCUUCCGACUCAAGUGAAGCCAAGUCAGAAGCUUUGAAUGUGUCUGCAUCUCUGGAGGCCAGUUUCCUUGGUGGCUUAGUCAGUGUGAAGGGUUCUGCUGAAUUCCUACAUGAUAAAAAGACCUCAAAGCAUCAGUCUAGGGUUUCUCUGCAGUACCGUACCACCACUCACUUCGAGCAGCUGACCAUGGACCACCUGGGGGCAGGAAAUGUGAAACACUGUAAUGUCUUCCGAGAGGGUUCUGCCACACAUGUGGUGACUGCCAUUCUCUACGGUGCACAAGCCUUCUUUGUUUUUGACCGUGAGGUUUCCUCAGGAGAAAACCACCAGGAUAUUCAGGGAAACCUGCAGGCCACAAUAAAGAAGAUUCCCCUCAUAACAAUAGAAGGGCAGGCAUCACUGAAGAUGAGCGAGGAAGAGAAGCAACAGGCCAAUACAUUCAGCUGCACUUUCCAUGGUGAUUUUGCACUAGAAAACAACCCUGUCACAUUUGAAGAUGCCACCAGGCUGUAUGCCGGCCUGCCACGUCUGUUAGGGGAAAAGGGAGAACAUGCUGUGCCCAUGACUGUCUGGCUCUAUCCUCUCAAGAACCUGGACUCUGCAGCGGCCCAGCUAGUCAGGCAGAUCAGUGUUAGCCUGGUGUGUCGCGCACAGCGAAUCUUAGAUGGGCUGGACAACACUGAUGUACUAUUCCGGGACUUGAUGAUGGAAGGCAUGGCUAUCAAGUUCCCUGAAAUCAAAGCCAAGCUCAGCAAGUUCAGGGACUUGUGCUCAGAGUACAAGCUGGUUUUCCAGAAAGGUCUUUGCAAGGUUCUUCCCAACAUAAGAGGAGGAGGAAUGGAAGAAGAAGAGCUGAUAAAAAUGCUCAACAGUAAGGAACGCUCUCCAUUCCAGAAUGACCUUAUGAUCACGUACCUGGAUGACAGAGAGAGAGAGAUGAAUGUUGUCAGCUCUUACCUUGACAUAAUGAAAGAGGUACAAGUUGUGUACUCAAGUAGUGAAUUGGAUGGAAUAGUGCUUGGUCAAGCUAAAGAUCAUGUAGUGUGCUUUGCAUUCUCCUCUUUGAAGGACAAAGAUGAGUAUUUGGUAGACUUGGAGAACUACUUGCUGGAAGAAUCAAAGAGUGAUUCUUCAGUGAUACCAUACGACCCCAACGCAGUUGGGAAAUCAGCAGCAGAAAAGUGGUUUCGCUCGGGGGAGGUAACCACCCUAACCAGGCAAAUCAUACAACUGUUCCUAGACUUCAAAGAGUCAAACAAAGACAGAGAAAAUAUUGCAUUCUGCAUUGCAUCGAUUCCAAGCAAAUGCAUCACUGCAUCCUCCAUCCAUGUCUAUGAGAGAGGGACACUGUUGAGUCCCCAGUUUGAACUACCAUCAAAGCCAGGUGUCCCCACCAUCAAGAGUCUGGAGCAUGACUGUGUCCACCUUCAAAUCAACCCUCCCCACCUUGGCGUCAAGUCUGUGGAGUCGUACCAGGUUUUGUACCAGGCUGUGCAGGCUGAAUCUGAGUGGACAGAGAUCAAAGCUGAUGCUACCACUAACCAGGUCACCAUCAGACGUUUGAACCCCUAUAAAGACUAUCGCUUCAGCUGCAGGGCGGUGUGUAGACCUGGUGUGAGCCUCUCCAGUGACUGGACAGAAUACUCCAGGACCCGACCAUGUAGCCCCCCUGGACCACCCACAGAGAAAAACCUGGAAUAUGAAAGUAUCAGAGUGAACUGGGACAUUCCUACCAUGGUGGGAGACGAUGUUGAAGUCAUAGGCUAUGAGACUGACUACAGAGAGUAUGCGAAGUCUGUUGACAAUAAGAUGUGGCACACCAUCAAAACCACCACCAGAGAGUGCACACUGGAAGGUCUAAAGCCUGAAACUGCAUACAGUGUCAGAGUCUCUGCUAACUGUGGCGAAGCAGGGAAGAGUCUACCCAGUCCUGAGGCAGUGCUGACUACCAUCAGGGCUUCUGACGCCCAACCGAAGAGGAGCCAAUCAACAGGAGCAAGAAGUGAGGAAUUUCUGAAGAAAUCAGAGAAGGUUAAGAAAGGCAACCCGUCAAUCUAUAGGCUGAAUCUGGAACAGAAGUUGGAUGUAAUGGAACGUUUUGAACAGUACACAUUUGGAGGGAAAGUUGAGAAAGGGAAUAACAAGGUAAUCCUGCUUCUGGGGUCCACGGGUGCAGGAAAAACCACUCUGGUCAAUGUCAUGAUCAACUACAUUCUCGGGGUGAAGUGGGAAGAUCACUACCGCUUUAAGCUCAUCCAUGAGGUGACCAACAGGUCACAGGCUGAGAGCCAGACUUCAAUCGUAACAUCAUACGAGCUCUACAACCAGCCAGGCUUUCAGAUUCCGUAUUCUCUGACCAUUAUUGACACACCAGGGUUCGGAGACACUAGAGGAAUGGCACAUGAUAAACUAAUCACACAGCAAGUUAAGGAAUUCUUGUGUAAUCCUUUAGGGAUUGAUCACAUUGAUGCAGUCUGCUUUGUAGUGCAGGCAUCCCUUGCUCGUCUCAGUGCCAAUCAGAAAUACAUAUUUGACUCCAUCCUGUCAAUUUUUGGAAAGGACAUUGCUGAUAACAUCCUGAUGCUUGUGACAUUUGCUGAUGGGAAGGACAUACCUGUGCUGGAGGCCAUCCAAGCUGCGGACCUUCCCUGUAAAAAAAAUAAUAAGGGACUCCCAACCCAUUUCAAAUUCAACAAUUCAGUUCUGCUCUCUCAGAAAAUAGAAGAAGACAUAAGCUCUGAAGGAGAUGGUUCAGAGGAUGAUAAUGAGGAAGGACUAGAGAAGAUUGUCUGGAGGUCAACUUUUAAGCAGAUGAAAGCUUUCUUCAAAGCCUUGGAAAGCAAUGAGAGCAAAGAUCUAACAAUGACCAAGAAAGUGUUGGAAGAACGUGAGCGUUUGGAGAAGGCCAUGACACGAUUGACCCCUCAGAUCACAGCAGGUUUGUCAAAGCUGAAUGAGAUCAAAAUGUUCGAACAGUGCCUGCAGAACGAGGACGAGAACAUGAAACAGAACCAAGACUUUGAGACAGAGGUAGAGGUCCUAGUUGCGAAGAGGACCAAAUUAAGUUGUUUUGCUACAAACUGCAUUGUUUGCAAGUUCACAUGCCACACCAGCUGCUUUCUGCCUAACGAGGAUGACACCAAAAAAUGUGCCGUGAUGGAUGGUUAUGGUAACUGUGUCAUGUGUCCAGGAAACUGCUCUUACCUUAACCACGACAAGGAAAAAGCCUUAUGGACAUAUGAAACUAAGACAGAGAAAAAGACCAUUAAAGAGUUGAAGGACAACUUCAUGAAGGCACAGGGCAAGUUUAUGAACAACAAGCAGAUGCUGGAGAAGAUUGAGGAUGAGUACAUUGUAAUCGAGGACAAGCUGAAAUACUUGAUCAAGCUGUCCUCCAAUUGUCUUAAGAGGCUGAAUGAGAUUGCACUGAAGCCAAGCUCUCUCUCCACUGUGGAGUACAUCGAGAUACUCAUUCGCACUGAAGAGGACCAACGCAAGCCAGGCUUCGAAGAUCGCAUCGUAGGGUUGAAGAAAAUGAAAUAUGAGUCUGAGCUUCUAGAGAAGAUGGCAAGAGGAGAGGAACUACUCCCCGAUGAGCGACGCAAGGUUAAGGAGAAACAAGACAGACUGCAGAAGAUCACAAAAAGACUCAACCAAAUGCAGAAAGUAGUCAGAGAUUGGCCAGGGAAGAAGUAGGCCUAACUCAAUGUCAAAGUCCAUGAUCUCACCCUGCUUCCGACCAAGUGGCACGCUCGGUGGCUUGCGCUAAUCAAGUGAAUGCAUCAUAAUGCAGUUACAUUUGUGGUAUUAAAUCAGAUAUAUCUCUAGACCCAGUCAAUUGUCAGCUUACUGGGGAUGAUUGCAAUGCUUUGUAUUAAAACGAGCAUCACGUAAACUCUCAGUUGACACAUUUUCAACAUUAAGUGAGUAAACUUGUGCGAGCCAGAACGGCCCACAGAACAGGAGCCUGCCUCCUGUUUCUGUAGCGUGAGGCAGCUUGAUGUACAAACACACCCCCUGGACAGCUAGUCUAUCACAUGUUCUACAUUAGUGCAUCUAAAUGAAGUAGCUGAACUUGCUACUGAUUGUUAAUGAUUAUCAUAAGAGAAAUUAAUGUAGAAAUAAAGCAGACAUUUAUAUAAAUAUAGAGACCUACUUUCCCCUCGGGAUGUAAUAAAGUAUCUAUCUAUCAAAAUGAAAAUAGGCAAAAGCUAUACAUGUUGAUUGUUUAUCCUUUUUUAUUUGAAGUCCUUUGUAAUUCAAGAACUUAAUUUUCUAUUGGGCACAAAUUGGAAGUAAUAUGUUAGUCAUGGCAUUGGAACGAGCAUGUUUGAUAGGGGGGAAUUACAAAGGAGUGUGUCCAGGGCAGUGUUUCUUAACCUUUAUUCCAGGGACCGGCAAACGAUGGUCCCUCUUGUGUCAGGGAACGGAAAACUAUGGUCCCUCUUGUGUCAGGGACCGGCAAACUAUGGUCCCUCUUGUGUCAGUUCUUCAUGUUUGGCUGAGAAAUCGCCUGAAAUUGCAGUCACGAAAAUGACGAAAAAUAUGCCAAAUUAGCUCCAUAAUAUCGACAGAAACAUGGCAAACGUUGUUUAUAAUCAAUCCUCAAGGUGUUUUUCAAAUAUUUAUUCGAUAAUAUAUCCACCGGCACAAUUCGUUUUUCAGUAGGACCGGUUGGAAUAUUGGCUACCUCUGUAUUUUACACGAGAAUCACUCUGGGAGCAUCAGGUGACCACUUGCGCAAUGUAGCCGCUUACGGGUAUUCUUCAACAUAAAUGCAUAAAAUUACAUCACAAUGCUGUAGACACCUUGGGAAAUACGGAGAAAAAGUAAUCUGGUUGAUAGCCCAUUCACUGCUCAAUAGGGACGCAUUGGAACGCAGCGCUUUCAAAACAUGAGGCACUUCCGGAUUGGAUUUUUCUCAGGCUUUCGCCUGCAACAUCAGUUCUGUUAUACUCACAGACAAUAUUUUUACAGUUUUGGAAACUUUAGAGUGUUUUCUAUCCUAAGCUGUCAAUUAUAUGCAUAUUCUAGCAUCUUGUCCUGACAAAAUAUCCCGUUUACUACGGGAACGUUAUUUUUCCAAAAAUGAAAAUACUGCCCGCUAGUCACAAAAGGAUAUUAUUAAGCACCGUAGAACUGACUAAACUAGUUAAUAAACAGCUCAGGGACCAGCCAGCAACAUAACAGGGACCAGCACAGGCCUAGGGACCAGAGGUUGAGAAAUACUGGUCUGUGUAAGUGGCACCGUUCUUGACAUUAAAGGUAUGAAAUUCA